AUGGCGAACUGCAAAUACAAGGACGACAAGGAGCGCAAGGAGGCGAAGAACCGCCAGAACCAGGCGUGGUACCGGCGCAAGCGGGCGAAGUUGCUGGAGAGGGCGUUCGAGUCUGGCGGGGAUAGGAGCAGCAGCGGAUCGCGCUCGCUCACGCCGGGCGGCGCGGAGGACGACGCGCCCAGCCGCGCCGCCCGCGCGCUCGACUCGCGCCUCCAAUCCAUCCGCGCGCGCUGCGCCGCGGCCGGGUACGACGAGCCCGUCUCCGCCUUCCUCGCGCGCUUCGAGGCGGCGCACGCCGCGCUCCGCGCCUCGUGCUGCACCGGCGCGGCCGACGUGGACGAGUGGCUCGCGGGCUACGAGCGCCAGCUGCGCGCGGGCAGCGCGCUGCUCGACGACGUGCAGGCGCUCGUGCGCGACGGCGCGGACGUGCGGGCCGCGUGGGCGGAGCUGAUGGAGGUGUCGAUGAAGGUGCAUUGGUUGAUGGCGGUGAUUCAGGUCCGUUUGGAUCUCGUCCGCCGCGCGGGGGCGGGCGGCGUGCUCGAGUGGGGCGCGUGUACUCCCUCUGGCCCGGCGCUGUGCUGACGGUUCGCUGCAUCUCGAUUCGACUCUCCACCUCCCCUUUCUACUCUACGUUCUUUGUCGUUGGUUCAGGAUUUACGGACGCUGUCGCCCUGGUUUGUCUUCGUCUUUUUUCUCGCACACCCGUCGUCUUGCAUAUGUCGCCACACUUAUUGUAUACAGUACAUAUACCACCACUCGGAUACUUAUAAUACGUCUAUCUCCCGGGACACUUGUAAUAUACCUAUAGGCUUAUAUCGAGGAGGGAUGGACGACGGAUACCUGCUCGUUGGA